UUCUUUUUCUUUCAUCUUUGUGUGUCUGAAAUACUUUUUUAAAAUUCAUAAUUCCUUUGAAAAUCAUCAUUAUCAGCCUGUGCAGUGCAACAAAAAGCCUGCAGUUUUGGUGGGACAGUAAGAACUGGAGAGGAGAGGCCCCUGUCCAUGACUAUGGUUCCGGUCUGCACUCAAAUGGGCCGAUACAGUCUCUGGCUGGCUGAGUCGGACUCGUUCUCGAAUCUGAGCCAAAUUUGUCGCCAUUUGCGCCUCUCUAUUGUGAACGGGCAGCAGCUCCCUCUGCAGGGGUCCCGGCGACUGCUGAGAGGGAUGUCCUGCACGGUAGGUCAUCCUCAUCAACGAAGUCCAGUAGAUCAGACCUCAAAGUUCUGUCUGCUGAGUAUUUUGGUCUCUGCUCUGCUCUCUGUUGUCCAGGUCGGGCUCGCUACUGUUUAACACCAAACUUAGAGAGGACGCUGUAUGGUGAGUUUUUCUUGUUUGUGGCUUUUUGCUCUUUGUAGACUACAGUGCCAGUCACAGUUGUGUAAUCUUAACUAGAGUCACCUCUUUUUCAUACCUUUUUUUCAUGUUUUCACACAUUUUCUCUCUCUUUCAGUAUUUGGAUUUGCAACAUGAGCCUGAUCCUGUUUGGGACUCUGCCCAUCAAGGACAACCCAUGUGCCUCUCUGUCCAGUGUCACAGUUGCUCUCUGUGUCUUUGCCCUUCUCCUAAUGGCCCUCAGGGGCAGAAAGUGCCACUGGUCCUUCCUGCACUUCCAGUGUGACUCCCCCCUGGACCACACAAAGUACCCCUCUCCUCCGGGCCCCACGCCAUGGCCGCUUGUUGGGAAUCUGCUCCAGAUGGAGGACCAGAUUCAUCUUUCUUUAACCCGCUUAAGGCUCCAGUAUGGGGAUGUUUUCAAGAUGCGUCUGGGCUCUCUGAGUGUUGUUGUCCUGAGUGGGUACACCACCAUCAGGCAGGCGCUGGUUCGGCAGGGGGAGGCUUUCGCCGGGCGGCCUGACCUUUUCACUUUCUCUGCUGUGGCCAAUGGGACCAGUAUGACCUUCAGUGAGAAGUACGGACCAGCAUGGCUGCUCCAUAAGAAGCUGUGUAAGAACGCCCUCAGGUCUUUCUCCCAGGCUGAGCCCAGGGGAUCCGGAGCCACCUGCCUUCUGGAGGAGCAUGUAUGUGCUGAAGCUGCUGAGAUGGUGGAGUGGUUUCAGGAACAAGCUGCUAAAGGACAAACAGACCAUAAUAUGACAGGUAUAGACCCAGUGAUGCCCCUGGUGACUUCAGUGGCAAAUGUGGUCUGUGCCCUGUGUUUUGGGAAAAGGUAUGACUACAACGACAAGGAGUUUCUCACUAUCGUUCACAUCAACAACGAGGUCCUGAGGAUCUUUGCAGCAGGAAAUUUGGCGGAUUUCUUCCCGGUGUUUCGUUACUUUCCUAGUCCAUCUCUGAGGAAGAUGGUCCAGCACAUUCGCAGAAUGAAUGGAUUCAUGGAGCGGAGCAUUGAGGAACACAUCAGCACCUUUGAUAAGAACUACAUCCGGGACAUUACAGAUGCUCUGAUUGCACUUUGUGAAGACAGAGAAGAAAACAAGGAUGCAUCAGUGCUCUCCAACUCUCAGAUCAUUCACACCGUCAUAGACAUCUUCGGAGCCGGAUUUGACACCAUCAUUGCUGGAUUGCAGUGGAGCCUGUUGUACCUCAUCAAGUUUCCUGACAUUCAGGACAGAAUACACCAGGAGAUAGAUGACCACAUUGGCUCAGCCAGACUGCCCAGGUUUUCAGAUAAGGCCAAGAUGCCUUUCACAGAGGCGUUCCUAUACGAAGUGUUCCGCCAUGCGUCAUAUGUUCCUUUCACCAUACCUCACUGUACCACAAGAAACAUCACCUUGAAUGGAUAUUUCAUUCCCAAAGAUACAUGUGUCUUCAUUAACCAGUAUCAAGUCAAUCAUGACAGUGAUCUUUGGGGUGAUCCGGACACAUUUCGCCCUGAACGCUUCCUUGGUCCAUCGGGACUCCUCAACAAAGAGCUCACAGAAAAGGUUCUUAUCUUUGGGAUGGGAAAGAGACGUUGUCUUGGUGAUGGAUUUGCUCGUUUGGAGAUGUUUGUCUUUCUCACCACGCUGCUUCAUGGGCUGAGGAUUGAAAAGGUUCGAGGCCAGGAGCUGGAUCUCAGCACCGAUUUUGGUCUGACUAUGAAACCACGUCCAUACAGGAUUACCAUCUCAUCGAGAUUUUAGACCUAAAAAGUGAAAUGUUGCUCCUUGUGGAUGUUUUGGAAUAUCACAAAUAUUAAUUACUACAGCCAUAAGUUUGGACACAAGUACCAUGACGCUUGUGAAUCUUAGAAAAUACCACAAAAUUGUCACUUACAAUACAGUACACAACUCCUGAGAACUAUAUUAAGUUUCAUAUUUAAAAAAAACAUCAAAAGAGUUUGGUGUCAUUUUGUUAUUCUUACCAAAUUUGGUUGUGAAAGUACUGCAUUUUUUUUGUUAUUUUCUUCUAAUAUUAUGUUUUGGGAACAAAGUUGUUCCAAUUGUUGGAAUUUAUUAAUAAUAUUAUAUCCCUUGUUGAUUUGUUGACUAAUUAAACUGGUGCUGUCAAAAAAUAUUAGUUAUGUUCUGUAAUAGACAUCAAAACAGACAUAGUAAGUCCUGCUGUGUCCAAACUUAUGGCCAUGGCUGUAUUUGCCACCAUCUUUGGCUAACCUCCAUAAUUCCACAGCGAUAAAGCAUCUGUCAUUAUUGCUCACAGACUGGAGUUUCUGUUUUUUGCCAAAUGUGGUUAAAACAUAAGCACACAAAUGAUCAACAGAAGUGAAAUGUAUGUAUAUCCUUAAUGUGAACUAACUUCACUGUAUUGAACACGAUAUGCUGAACCCUGGUCAUUCAAAGUGCUUCUGUGCACACAUUUUAAAAGGGUCUCUCUUCCUUAGCUUGAAAACAUUCCCUCAUUAAAAGCUUUUAUCUUAAGUUAUAGGCUACAGUUAAACACUGAAGGAGGAAGUGAAGGGGUGUUUCAGAUUGGGGAUCAGCGCUUCAGGCCUUGGAUUGUGUUCAUGCAGGGCUCAUCCCCUUUCACUUUCCUCCCAUCUCCUUCUCAUCUGUUUGAAUCUUUUCAUCUUCUUACCACCAUCAUGUCCUCGCCUUCCUGUCCUUAUCUUCCUUCUCUCACUCUUCCUCCAAAGCUUUGGCUGUUGCACCAACUCAUCUGCUCCCAAUGCUUCCCCAGUGGCUCCAAAUACAUAUUCAGAACCUUGUCCUUCUUGCCCGUCAGCACUGUGACCUUCCAGACAACCAGAUUAAAAACCAGACAUCUUACAAGGCGGUAAAGAGGACAGUUAAGUGUGAACUCAGUUAUUUUCAUACCCUAAAUGUAAAGAUGCAUGGCAGGAUAUGUUUGAGAAAAAGAGGAGUCAGGCAGAAUUACUUAAAGGAACUUUGUCCAUUAACGAAAAGUUUAUCUUUUGUCGAACUUGUAUUUGUUCAGGUAAAGUUUACUGAGUAUUUUAUUCCAUGAGAAGACUAUCUGGAAACUCCAUUUAACUGUCUUCUAUUAUUUGCCAGGAAGCUGUUUCACCUCAUCUAUAGGAGGUUAAAUCCGUUGGAAGAGUUCAAACUGGAAACUAUCUAGUAAUAGCUGUCAUUAUUUAGCACUCGGGCUCUCAGGAAUGCCACUAAAACCACAUCAUUCAGCUGUUCAUUGGUCCCGCUGUUGGUGAUUUGAUUGUCACUGCAUAGACUAAUAUAUAUGAAGAAUUUGAAACAAGAAGGCUGUUUUUUUUCAUUUAUCUGCUGAAGGGUGACGGUUUCUUCUCUAAAAUCCUACUUAAGGUCAGUGCGUAACAGCUGUAUGAACUAGUUUAAAGGCCCCAUCAUGGUCCAGUAUGUGAUUGCAUGAGAGUAAUGUGACAGCUAAAAUUUGGCUGGAGGGGAUCUUUAAAGUUUUCUUUUUCUCUUGAUUUCGAAAAAUCUGAUAAUUUGGGAAGUAUAUUUGUUGCACCAUUAUAGAGAGUACUGGUUAAUUGAUCCCUCAUUGAGUCGAUGUAGUGUUAAAAUGAUUUAAUAUUAUCUUAAAUGUAAGUUAAAUGUUAAUCUACAUUUCUUGAAAUUAUUUUUUCUCAGUUAUUUUUUCUUGUGUGCAAUUCUAAAUGUCAUGUAUGCAGCUUACUUAUUCUAUUUAUUAUUGCAAACAUCUCAAAUUACCUCUUUGCAAGAUUAACUCAGAGCACUGAAUAUCACUGAGCACAUCUUUAUUAUUGUUGAAUCUUAAAAUUGAAGUCAGUGAUUUUUUGGAAGAAGAAGUACAGGAAAUGAGAAAAAGAGUUAAAGAAAUAAUAAAGCACAUAUAGUAUAUGUAAAAAAAGUAAAAUGUAAUCUAGUUGUCAUAAAAGCACUCUCAUUGUCAUGUGAGCAGUAAU